AUGUCUACCUCUGAGGGUACCUCUACCAGCACGUUGUCUGUAACUGGUUUAAAUCACGAUGGUGCCACUGCUGCCGCACCUUCAACAAUUACAUAUACUAGCACCACCCCUGAUACAGGCUUUGUGGUAGAGCACGCCAUCAACAACGGCUCAAAUGGCUCUACAAGCGCUAAAGGAGUCACAGCAUCCAAGAUUUCCGCAGAUGCUGCUUUGGCAACGAAAGUGGAUGCCGACUCCAAUGAGCCGAGACGCUCGGAAACGCCCCAAACCAAUUGCGCGGAUAAUACAAACGAAAAUCUUUCCAUUCUUCAGUCACAAAUUGCAUUAGAAAUGAAAGACGAGUUCAUCGAGUGCAGUGUCGAUGUUUUCUUCAAGCAUUACCUUCCGUUUGAGCCAUCAGAAGCAGCUGUUGAAGAAUGCAUCUUGAAGCUUCUCUGCAAGGAUACUUCUCCCAUUGGCGACGCUGUUGAUAAUUUUCCUAGUCCUGAACAGGCUCCUGCAACGCCUAAACAAUCCGCACGCAUCAAGCCACUUCAUAAACUUGACUACAACACAGGCCACCCCGUAUUGUCGGAAGUUGUGCUGACGGUUGGGUACCCGGAUACUCCUGGUCUUCGAUUCACCGACUACAUGAAACGGCCUGGUAGCCACGGCUCUGUGGAAAAGACAGUAUUUGCUCCCUUGAAGACUAUUGCUGAUGCCGUUGGGAGCUAUAGCAACACGUGUGACGGCAGGGCUCGCAACAAUUUCCAGUAUCUCCAUUGUCCGCAGACAGUCAUUUUAUCGGAUAUAGGGAACUCUACAAGCAGGAUAGAUGCCUGCUUUUCCAAUGGAGGAAGUGAUUUACACAGCAAGUAUAUUGCUGUACCUAUUGAGCAGAACGUCUCCGCCGCCAAUAGGGAUUCAAACAACCGUCGGGUAUUAUCAGCAAAUGUUCAAAUCAUGAACGAUGACGUGCGGCGAAUGUUCACCUAUGGGAUGACGUUUGAAGGCGAUAAGGCAACGCUGUGGUAUCAUUGUCGCUCUCAUUCUGCUGUUUCGAGACAAUUUAACUUUGUCGAGAAUCCCAGAUUACUCGUCAAGGUGUUCCUAUCAUUCCUAUUUGCAACAGACGAAGAACUCGGCUACGAUCCCAACGUCACUCCGGUCGAAGGCAAGAAGCGUCAGUACAUUUUCAAAAUCCCCAGUUCUGAUGGGAUAUCGGCCAAGUUCUACCGCACUGUCAAGGUACUUGCUGAAUACCCCUCGAACAACAUUUCUGGUCACAUGGCGCGUGUAUGGUUGGUCGAUCGGGUUGAUUCUGAAGGCAACAAAAUUGGCCCGCAAUGUGUCUUGAAAGACGUCUGGCUCUCCGUAAAUGCUCUCACUGAAAAAGAGAUCCAGACGGCCAUCUUUGCAGAUAUUGAGAAAUACUGUCACCCCGACAAGCCAGAUUACGACUUGGCAUUGGAUCCUCCUGAAGACUCUCCCGAAGCCUCUCUCAAUAAUAUCAAGAUGCGAAAUGCUGAGCUCGUUAGAUCUGGAGAGUACAAACAGUAUUUCCUCGAAAUUGAAAGUGAUCAUGCUGGCAAGCCAUCCAAAGAUGUUUUGGAGGGAUGUACUCCCGUCACAGGCUUGUUUCAGAACGCCGAUGCAGAUAGGAUUGCAUCUUUGAACGAAAAUUCUAUUCAACCUGUGGGAUCGACACCUUUUAUAAAGAGUGGACAGCAACACAAACGAACAUUUACCCCCCGGAAACAAUAUCGCGUCAUCUUUAAAGAAGUCUGCCAGGCUGUGGGCGAUCUGCCUACUUUGGGCAAGGUGCUUAAUAUACUUAAACAAACUGUUAUACCCCUUUCGCUCCUGUACUGUGCUGGCUGGGUACACAGAGACAUCAGCUCGGGGAAUAUUCUUGCUCAUCAAGAAGGCAGCGUCUUGCGGGCCAAAUUGUCAGACCUUGAAUAUGCCAAGAGGUUUCCUCCACCUGAAGCUUAUAAAGGCAACGGUGAUGCCAAAACGGGUACUCCUUUUUUCAUGCCUAUCGAAAUAAUGCAAGAAUUUUAUAUAUAUAAUCGAAUCGACAACAAUGACGACAUAGAAUUUGCAAUUCACGACCCGUCUCUUUUUGUCGCCAAACAACAACUCGCCCAGCUUGGUGCCCCCAGGAAAAAUACUUCGCAGAACGAUAUGUCUUAUAACUCGGUGAUCUAUAAUUUUCAACAUGAUCUCGAGUCGCUUUGGUGGGUUUUAGUGUGGUCUCUAACCGCACGUGUCAGCCAUCAACCUUCCAGGACCUGGGCCAACCAAGUUUUUCAACAUGAUGUCGUGCCUACUCCUGAGAGGAUACGCUUUCUGAGGGGUUUGUCCAGGAUCACGCUUGAAGAUAUCUUGCUCCCAUCAAUCUCAUUUAUGCAUCUCAUGGUGGACUACAUAAGAUCUGCCAUGAAUCUUGCGUAUUCACAACGUGCAAGGGACGACACACUCAGAGACACGCUAUCUUAUGCUAUCAUUGUAGACCGCUUCCAUUUUUGUUUUCAACUACUCGAGAGUGUCGCCGGCUCCCCUUGGGAGGAAACACCUCUUGUGAUGAACAUCCCCGCUGAUGACCCCAACUCUGUUCAACCUGCUGAUGCCGCUACAGCAGAGCCCAGUGCUCCCUCACUUUUUGCUGGUUGUAAGAGACCCAAUCCAAACAUUGGGAAGACGGCACCCUCAGAAUCUUUUAAACCAGGCCCGGCUGACGAAGACGUAGAAGCUACCCUGGAAUGGCAAAGAACUAAGCGCAUCAAGACGCAGGAUGAUCUUAACUUAGGCGGUGGCUCAAAUGCCUGA